AUGGAUUCUCAAAGUGAUCUGAAACCUAUUGUACCACUUGCCGCUGCUGCUGCUGCUGCUGGAAGUCUGAUGCUAUCAAAUUGUGAACAAAGCCCUCUGGGUAAGCUGAUGGAACAAUACAACCGAUUAGCCUCAGAAAGUCGUAUUACUGCAUCGGUGGAAGAAAAAUUAUCUAAAAGAGAGUCAAGAACUACCGAAACAGUAGCAGCGGCGGCAGUGGCAGCAGGAGGCACUCUGGUAGACACAUUGCCGCCAUAUGCAAGUACCACAGCCGCAGUUUAUCCGCCAUAUUCAUGGUCAGCAGCUGCAACGGCCCCGUGGUGGACAGCAGAACCAACUGGAACCUGGCCUCCGCUACCGUAUUCACCGGCAGUGAGUACUGAUACUGCUGCGGCAACUUAUUCUCCCUACCUGGGGCCACAAUUCCAAGGACUACUAUCAGCUGCUACCGUAUCAGCUACUGGUCAGGUGGUAUCGAUAUCUAAUCCAAACUCUAGUUCUACCGGUAAUCCACUGUCAAAGGUCUCCAGCAGCUCAACAGCACAUGUAGGAGGCGGUAAAUUAUCUACUCGAUCUAACUGUGAGUGUCCUAACUGUCAGGAAGCUGAAAGAUUGGGUAUUGCAAAUCUUCCGGCAAAAAUACGGGGGAUCCACAACUGCCACGUCCCGGGAUGUGGUAAAGUAUACAGCAAAAGUUCACAUUUGAAGGCACAUCUUCGAUGGCAUUCUGGAGAACGCCCCUUCCUCUUUUUGGAUCUUCAUCAAAACUUUUAG